AUGACUUCAGCCAUACUGUCUGCACUUAGUGUCCUCACUAAACCUAUCGGAGGUAAGUUAAUAUUCAGUGUGAUUUUGCUAAAUACGUUAAUCAUUAACAUAUCUGUGUACAGUGCUUGCUAGCUAGCUAGCUAGCUAAAUUAGCCACAAAUGAUUAAGGGAACGCUGUCUACGUUUAAUUUGAUCCAUUUGAUCUGCUAUACUGCAUUUCAUUUUGUCCAUGUCAGAAGAAAAAGCGCUGUAACUAGCUAGCUUGGUAAAUCAUCUCAAUCAAUGGGCUUUGACUAAAUCUGUCUGUGUGUAUGUGUGUCUGCUGACCCUAUGUGUCCCCUCCAGAGACCACAGUGCAUGGUACUCAACACACUGAACAGGAGGCACUGACGGCUGCACUCCAAGCCAACCAGGCCCUGCUGGAGGAGCGUCUGCAGACAGAGAAGGGCCUGGACGAGGUGCGCAGCCUGCGGGAGGAGGUGAGAGCUGGGGUGCCCUGGAUCUGCACCGAUACAGAGGACGUCACAUGGAGCUUUGUCCAGGAGUGUCUGCUGCUGUUGCUAAGCCUGGCCCGUAACCUCACUCUCCAGCUAGAGCUCUUCAACCAAGCCCCCAGGCCUGCUAAGUCCAGACUGCGGACCCCUGAGAUGGCCCCUCCACUGCCUCCUGACGUGCUGAGUGUGGCCCAACAGAAGACACUUGGUGCAGCUCUUCAAUUUGUUGUCUCGCUGGGCCUCUGCCCCUACCUGGCCCCGGGGGUGGGGGUGCCCCUGGGGCGCAGGUCAGCGUUUGGGAAGAUGGUGGAGGGGUUGGUGUGUCACGAUGUGGCCCCUGUCCCUGAGCGCCGUCUCCUGACCACCACUGCUGUUCUGCUGGAGCUGUCUGUGCUGUCAUCACUGGCCACCAUGGUCUACACUCGCCACCUGGGAGAUGUCAUGGCAGCGCUAUGCCAUCUAGGAUACCGCCCCCACCGCCCAGAGAAAGGCACCACUAAGGAAGAGAAGGUAAUUCACUGUUCCAGCCUGACGAUGUUGAAUAUGAAUGGUAUUAUUAUACCUUGAUAUCAGUAGUUCAGCAAAAUAAGAUGCCCAUGUAGUUGCCCGUUUUGCCUAUUUGCCAUAUGAAGUCAGUUAUCCAACUUGUGAAAGAGAUGAUUGUAAUAACACCCUUUUUCCACUAGAUGGUAUAAGUAUUAAGCAGAGGAACAAGCAGGCUCAGCUGUUUUUGCAUCAUCGCUAAAUCCAUAUGAUCACCCUUUUGAUAAUGUAGGAGCUCAGUAAGGAGGAACGCAAGAACUGCAGGGAGGCCCUUCAAAAACUCUUGGGGAAAGUCUACCAGCCAAUCGUUAUCAAAGAGUUGCUUAUUCUCCAAGGCGGUCCCAAACAGGUAGAGCGCAGUGAAGUGUCUGUACAUCAUUACGUAUCAGUAUGUUUUCCUCUGUGUACUUGUAUAUGGUGCUGUGUCUGUCUACUCUGGUGUAACAUAAUGUAGCAGGCGUAAAAGAAACGCUUGAGCGGCCUUUCUUUCAUUUUGAUCAUAACAAGAGAGAGAACUGUCUGGGGAGGUUCUUUUCUGCAUUGUUCAUCCAAUGCAGUAAAUGUGGAGGAGGAGUUAAGAUGGAGUGUCACCAUGUUAACGUCCGAAAGCGGUAAUCUUGUCACAGGCACGGGGGGGGGGGGGGGGGGGGGGGGGUUCUGAAAACUAGCUGUUAUUGGCAAAGAGGUUUAGAACUCUUUCUUAUUAGUUUAACUAAUUUACCGCCUGGUGAGUUCACCAGGCAGGCCAAAACUCCAAACAGCUCUUACACUAAAAGGGCAUUAUCAUACUUUUCACAGUAUUAUUCCAACCUCAUCGUGUGGAAAUAUAUAUAAAACACAGGAAAAUCACGUUUUUGACUGCACCGGGCCAUUAAAUAAGACAUCUCAGUCUUACCCCCUCUACUUGUCUUUUCCUACUAGCACUGACUUUGCUGAUAACUUAUUUAUUGAGGCUAAAUGUACUUACUACCACUAAUGUGGUUGUCUCACCUAGCUAUCUUAAGAUGAAUGCACUAAGUAAGUCGCUCUGGAUAAGAGCAUCUGCUAAAUGACUAAAAUGUAAAUGUCUCUCUGUCCUUCCAGGCCCCUCCAAGCCCUGGUACUAGUGGUGGCAAUAGGAGCCAUCUGAGUCAGGCUACCCCAUGGCUGAGGUGUCUGUGUGGGCAGCUGCUGUCUGAGAGGCUGAUGCAGCCCAAUGGAGUCCAGUCUGUGGUGAGGGCUAUCCUGGAGGGAGGCGCAGGUGAGCUCAGCUGUAGACGUGGGGGGAACAUUUAGAAAACCCUGAGAUAGCCAAGCCAUGAGAAAGAGAUGGGCAAGAAACAUCUCUACCAAACUCUUAGGUAUUAUCAGUUGUGAUGAAUGAGCCAUAAGUGUCAUUCUUACCUGCUUUAUAAUAAAGCAGUUUCACUUUUUGUUCCCUCCCUCUCUAACAGGAGGAGAGUCUGACUGGAGGAAAUGUGAUGGUGUAGCCAGGAUCCUAGCAGCCUGCCCUCAGCAGUCUCUAUCUCCAGACAGCUACUACAGCCAGGUUUGCCCCCAGGUAAACCUGUCAUGUUUUUAAAGAUUUAUGGAAAUUGAACUUGCUAUACAUACCGGCAUAAAAGUCAUAAUAAUCUCUAGAUUCAUUUUGGUAAUAAUAUUCUCUCAUAAUGGUCAGAUUCUGGAGCUCCUGCACUUCAGAGACAAGCUGACAGCUCAGCAGUUCCAGCGUGUGGCCACCAGGGCAGCUCUCACCAUGGUGCAGGACCGCCCAGAGUUUGCACUGCAGUACCUGCUCACUCCCCUCUUCAGCUCCCUUCACCGCUGUGGUCAGAUGACAGGUCAGUGCAAGCUGUGCAGUAUCUCUGAGAGAACAAAUGUACUAAUUAGUUACCUACACCAUAUAUACAAAGUAUGUGGACACCCCUUCAAAUGAGUGGAUUUAGCUAUUUCAGCCAGACCCGUUGCUGACAGGUAUAUAGAAUAGAGCACACAGCCAUGCAAUCUCCAUAGACAAACAUUGGCAGUAGAAUGGGCCGUACUGAAGAGCUCAGUGAUUUUCAAUUUGGCACCGUCAUAGGAUGCCACCUUUCCAACAAGUCAGUUUGUUAAACUUCUGCCCUGCUAGAGCUUCCCCGGUCAACUGUAAGUGCUGUUAUUGGGAAGUGGAAACGUCUAGGAGCAACAAUGGCUUAGCCAAGAAGUGGUAGGCCACACAAGCUCAAGGAAUGGGACCGCUGAAGUGCGUAGCGCAUAAAGAUCGCCUGUCCUCGGUUGCAACACUCACUACAGAGUUCCAAACUGCCUCUGGAAGCAACGUCAGCACAAUAAAUGUUCGUCGGUAGCUUCAUGAAAUGGGUUUACAUGGCCGAGCAGCUGCACACAAGCCUAAGAUCACCAUGCGCAAUGCCAAGCGUCGGAGCAGUGGAAAUGCAUUCUCUGGAGGGAUGAGUCAUGCUUAACCAUCUGGCAGUCCAGCGGACAAAUCUGGGUUUGGCGGAUGCCAGGAGAAUGCUACCUGCCCAAAUGCAUAGUGCCAACUGUAAAAUUUGGUGGAGGAGGAAUAAUGGUCUGGGGCUGUUUUUCAUGGUUCGGGCUAGGCCCCUUAGUUCUAGUGAAGGGAAAUCUUAACGCUACAGCAUACAAUGACAUUCUAGACGAUUCUGUGCUUCCAACUUUGUGGCAACAGUUUGGGGAUGGCCCUUUCCUGUUUCAGCAUGACAAUGCCCCCGUGCACAAAGCGAGGUCCAUACAGAAAUGGUUUGUCGAAAUCAGUGUUGAAGAAUUUGACUGUCCUGCACAGAGCCCUGACCUCAACCCCAUCGAACACCUUUGGGAUGAAUUGGAACGCUGACUGCGGGCCAGGCCUAAUCGGCCAACAUCAGUGCCCAACCUCACUAAUGCUUGUGGCUGAAUGGAAGCAAGUCCCCGCAGCAAUGUUCCAACAUCUAGUGGAAAGCCUUCCCAGAAGAGUGGAGGCUGUUAGAGCAGCGAAGGGGGGACAAACUCCAUAUUAAUGGCCAUGAUUUUGGAAUACGAUGUUCAAGCAGGUGUCCACAUACCUUUGGUCAUGUAGUGUAUGCUGGUUUGUUAAAAAUUACAACUUCUGUAGGAUAUAUAACCGAAAAAGAACCACCACUGUUAGCUUGCAGAGCUGAUUGCAGCUGCUCACCGCUUUCUAUCGAAAUUAUUUGGUCUGUGCAUCAGAGAAAUUGACACUGCUGCAGAGAAAGACUCCACUGGCUUUCAGAACGGUCAAUGCCCUUACCGCUCUGAAAAUGACACUUGGUAUUUACUUGGUGUGUGUGUGCGCCUGAAUGUGUGCCUGUAUGUGUGUCUGUGUGUUUUGGAUUUGUGUGCAUGUGUGUGUACAUGUAUGGAUGCCUGUGUGUGUAAAUUCGUGGUAUUGCUUGAGGAGCACUCCAUAAAGUUGGGCUAGUUGAAUAUGGAUCUCCCCCUGCUGUUAACAGGCCUGUGGGCUGGCUGCUGCUCUGACAGAUACGUAGGACAUGUAUUAUGUGUUAGUGAAAACAAUUAUCCUCUAUUCUGUAGGUAUUUUCCCUCGCUCAAUUCAUAAUUUUUUUUAAGCUAGUGAAAUUCUGGUUUACGAUUAAUGAUGUCUGCUGGCUGUAAGUGCUUGCUGACGUGGUGCUGAACAUGAAUCUCUAGGUUCAGACACAGCCCUGUGGAUGACAGUUUGGGUGGCUCCAGGCACUGAGUAUGUCUGUAUUUGUCAGGGGAGGGUCAAACCCAGGUCACAGUGGAAGAAUGGGAGCUGACGCGCUGUGUGGAGGACGUAUUUAAGGUGAGUGGAACACAGACUAUUAACUCAACCAUGUACUGUAUAGGCCAAACCUAGAGAUUUACUGUAUCACUCUCUCCUUCCAUUUCUCUCAGAUCUGUGUGGUGGGGAACAGCCCGUCUGCUCCUUUGCUAAAGGUUCUGGGAGAAGUGAUUCCUGUUCUCUUCGAUCUGUACUGCUUCACCAAAAAGAAUGCUUCCCACCUACGGUCAGUUCUGUUUUUGAAAUGCUUCUACUGCUGAGUAUUUCUGUAUCUGGCUAUUACUAUAUAGCUGUUUCCAGUCUCAGUAAGCCCUAUUUGUGAUGGUCACUUCAGCAAUAUAACAAUGGUUUCCCCUGUAUCUUGUCAUGGAUCAGGUCCUUUCUGCUUUUAGGUCGUUUCUAACUUUUCCCUGUGUAUGAUGUGUAUUUUGUGUGCUCCACAGUGCCCCCUGUCAGGAGAUCCUGCUCUGGUACUUGGGCAACUCUGAGCUUCCUGUGGCCCUCUCAACCCUACAGCAGCUGUGUGCCAUGGAUGGAGGGGCAGGCGGGGUGGCUUCUGGCUUCCAUUUCACCCCUGGUAGUGAGGGAGGGGCACAGCUUACCCCCUCAGAGACCAUCAGGUGACUGGCAUUCAACAUCACACAAUUACUGGUCCCCAAUGCUCCCAUAUGAGAAGAAGAUGCUAGUAAAACCCCUUAAUUGGGCGGAGAGGUUGUUAUCACUGAUCUGAUGACUGGGAGUGAUUAAUGUAAUGUAGUGGAAACUGCAAAUGCACCUAUCCAGUCAUGUUAGAUCAUCGAUUAUUCCAAGGAAGGACAAAACAUUUAAAUAUACAAUCAUCUCCCAUUAUGUGUGUCGGUCUCCUCUACCCUUCAUGUCUCAGUGAUGAGGAUGACGCUCUGUAUGAGAGGGUGUCUGGGGAGCAGUGGAGGGUGGAGUGUCUGGCCCAGCUGCUGGCUGAGAUGAAGGACAGCGACCUGCCUGGAGACUUCUUCCUGGAGCUGCUGCAGGUAGCUACUGUACCACACAUAGACACGUACAGAGAGGCAGCCUAUGGCUUUGGCCAUUAUUGUCCUGCUGCAUUCCUCAGGUGGGGUUGGUCUGUAAAUAUGGAUGCUCUCUUCCCUGGCAGGCGCUGACUUGCUGGGCUGCAGAGGAGGAGGAAGAGGAGGAGGAAGAGGACACGUCAGCCAUGACACUACUGCAGCUGGAGCAGCAUAUGUUAGGGAAAGUCACAGGGCGGGGUCAGAAGCUGGCUCUACUGCAGGUGCUGGCUGUCAUGUGUGAGGCCCUACCACACACCCUGAUGCUGCGCAAGCCAACCCAGGUAACUACUAGUAUACACCCCACAGAUAAACUCGUGAACCUUGCUCCUGUUCAAGAUUGGAUCAUGUCAGAUGCCAACAGUUGAUUGACUUGAGUAUUUGCUUUUCACUGCUUAACUAUUUAUCUCCAACAAUAAAGCUUCAGUCUUCCAUCAUUUAUGUUAUUUUCUCAGUUUAUGUUCACCAUCUCUCCACUUGUAGUUUUCUGAUUAGCUUUUAUCAAACUUUAACUUUAAGUCUGUGUGUCUUUCCCUCAGCAUCAGGGCUUUACAGAACACUGGUCCUCUGGGUCUCCUUAUUAAGGAAUGAGGGCAUGUAGAGUAAUACUUUAAGAGCUCUAAUAAUAGAGUGGUCUAUCUCUGAUUAGGUAAAAGACCCAGGGCUAAUGCUAUGCCAUUUUGCCUGAGGAAAACCAUUCACUCUCAGAUUAGGAAACUUCUCUGAUAAACUGGCUUCAGUUCAGUUGAUAAGCAGUAUUUUUAGCUAUUUUAUCUCGAGGGCCCUCGGCCAGGGUUUUUUGCUGAGAAAUGUUAAAACGUUUUUAUGUUUAAAUCUGUGGGUGUGAGAAUUUAAUAGCACUAUUUAAUAUACACCUAGUGGUAGGAAAUGUGUGGUUUGUAUACAUGCAGCUGUCUGUUCGUCUUGUGUCUGAUACAUCUGUCUGUCUGUGUGUCCACUCCCAGGUGGUGGAAUUCAUUGUGGUCAUGCUGCAGAGGGCCUGUGUGGGUUUGGACCAGGUCCGGGCUGCUGAGGGUCCAGUGGAGACCCAGACUCUCAGUAUGGGAAUGGGCCUGGUGGCCACCCUGCUCUCAGGACCCUCACCGGUACUGCACACACUGCUAGGGAACACACACCAUUCUGUUCAGGCAACAGGCUUUACCAUUGAUACUACUGUAGAUGUGUAUGGUAUCAUACUGUAUUAUAUGUGGCAUUUUGUUUUGAUGUCUCUCUCGCUCUCUUCUUGUUGCAGCUGAGUGCUGAGGACUACUCCUCGAUGUCCAGGCUCCUCCCACCUCUGGAGGAGAUUUCCCAGAGGCACCCUGAGGUGGUCAUCCAGGAGCUGGCCUCAGACCUGCGAGCCGCCAUUGCCACACACGGUGCCCACCAACCUGACAACUUGACACGAGCCACUAAAUAUCAAAGUCCCAAAACGGACAAUAAAGUGCCUACUAAGAAAAACUUCAUGACCCAAACUAGACUAUACUCACACCCCCUUAAUAACAACCCCAGCACACACACUACUCAAACGCCUAACACCCGAGCCCCAAUUCAGACCUGCAUCCCCAACCUCAGAACACAGAGCAGAUCCGGUGAUGGGGAUAGUCUGGGCCAGAAAACUCUCCCAUCCCAGAGGGUAUCAUCUGGGGCUGGCCAGGGUCCUGCAGCGGUGUCUGGUCCUGAUGGGGGGCAGUCAGGAGGGAGGGGUGACAGCAGUAGCAGCAGUAGGGCCUUCUCGGACUGCCUGCUUGGGGCCUGUGAUCCUGAGGUCCCCACCAGAGCAGUGGCCCUGAGGACCUUAACCCGGGCCAUACAGAAUGGAGACAGGGAGGCUCUUCAGAAUCAGGAGAAAAUCCUCACGGUGAGUAGAGCGGUGGAGAACCAGUAGAUAUAGCGUAUUGCUUAUAAAAUAUGACUUAGUGGUCUGACUAUGUAUCAACCAAGGGACCCAGUGCAGUCAUUGGUUUAAUAGGUUCCCUCUCAGUGGUAUCUAUCUUUCUACCUCCAUUGCUGACCUCCAUCUCCCUUGAGAGGGGUCUUCCUCUAACACCGUAGCCUCACGCAGGCCCUGGAGGCGCGGACUGUAGCAGCAAUACCAGCCUCUGUGGGUGCUGCUGUCUGUUUGGGUGGAGAGGAUGUUUAAUAGAUGAGGGGAGUUGAUCAAAGACCCUGGGCGUUGCAGUGUGGUCUAUGGGGACUUGUUAAUCUGGCUGAGGGUGGUGAGGUUGAGGGGACUGGAUUAUCGCACUGUGUCUGGGUCUCAUUUAGUAUUCAGUGUAAUGAGCACCACUCCCCCCCCGUCCCGUCCCGUACCGUCUCAGCCUAGGGGGUCCAGUACCUGGUGGGGGGUGGGGAUCCUCUUUAAUCUCCAUCCUAUUGUACUUCUCUUUGUGUUGGGGUUGUUUUGGGACAAAUUAUACGCACUAUGAAGAAAUGUAUGGAUUUCAGAUGGGAAAGUUGAGCAGCUUUGGUGUAAUGUGUCCUCUAAUGGCUUUGUCUUCCAGCUCUUCCUGGAGAACUUGGAGCAUGAGGACACGUUUGUUUAUCUGUCAGCCAUUCAAGGUAGGAAGUCAAGGGGCUCCAGGUGGUGCUUAACCUUACAUGUGUAAACCUUUGGUCUUUACUCUAGUUUUGUGGGGUGAUAUUAACCUUUGGCUUCGGCUGGCUUUCCAUUACCACGUUGUAGCAAGUAUAACUAGGAUACAACUGUUGUAUCAUCUAAUUUGCCCUAGAAAUUGAUCUUCUGGAAUGACAUUGACUUGCAGUGGAAUCAUUUCAUGGUAUAUAGGUUUUGUUGGGCUUAGGGUUUCUCAGUGACCCAUUCUCUGUGUCCCUCUCUGCAGGCCUGGCGGUGUUGGCUGACUUCUUCCCUGAGAGGAUCCUGCUGCGGCUGCAGGAAGAGUACCAGAGUGGUCCAUCCUCUCAGAGGGAGAGGUCCCUGGAGACACGGCUGAAGGUUGGAGAGGUGCUGAUGAGGGCUAGCAGGGCUAUGGGUGAGUGGACUGUUAUGAAAAUGUAUGCACUCACUAACUGUAAGUCGCUCUGGAUAAGAGCGUCUGCUAAAUGACUAAAAUGUAAAUGUUAUGAACACAGCUAGCUGAUCUACUAAAAAUCUACUCACCACACAUCCUGGGAGAGGCUCCAGCAAUAUACUUAUGAACUCAAUGAGAAUAUGAUAUUUUGGUGUGUAGAUUUGAGCACACAGAGAAGGAAGCACCUGCAGCUAGCCCCAGUGACACAGUUUACUAGGAUUUGACAGAUUCAUAGUCUUUUUUGUGAGGGACAUGUGUAUGAAUGAUUGUGAAUUUGCUUACUCAUGUUAGUGUUUCCAUUUCAAUUAUGCAUACAUGUGUGUUGGUCUAUGUUAACAGUGUAUGGGGCCCAAUUAUAGUUACAAAGUCAUAAAACAGUCGUAAAACAGAGUAAGUGCUUGUUCCACACUGAGGGGACUGUAUCAAAACCUAUCCCUCUCUGAUAGAAUUCCUUGUUUGUGGUUUUUCCCUCUCCCUGGUUUUGUCUGCCAGAUCUUGAUAGUACCAUUUUCCCGGGACAAGUGAGGGGUUAUUCGGCAUGUCCCCCUUCCCCUCCCUUGUCUUGGAUGUGAAAGGCACCCAGACAGACCAGCUCCACUAGCCUAACAGAACAUCAUCUCAGCUGGUUCAACAGCUGGUUUGUCACCCCAUUAGAUAUCCACAGGAAUCUUUUGUCACUCCUCUGGAUCACUCUCCCCUUUCUUAUGCAUCUGGGAAACUACCCCCGUCCGCCAAACCCCAUAAUCGGAAUUAUGAUCAAACAAUAUUAGCACCCCAUCCAAUUUUUGUACUACAGAUGGUCAUUUUUUGAAAUUAUUUUACUAUUCAAAUAAUGUCAUUAGAUUUUUUUACAUAUCCGGAUAGUCGAAAUGCAAAAUAAUAAUACAAAAAUUGCUCUUGACUCUUGACCAAUCAAAAUGAUGCAAAUGCACAUGGCAGGGGUAAACAGAGGACAGACUGUAUCUGUAUCUGGAAGGUGGAGGGUGGAGGCCAGGGCAGGCUGAAUGAUACCUCUCAUGGUGGGUCUGUCUGACUGGGCCAGCAGACUCUGCUGCAGGGACACCGGCCCAGUCCACCCAUCUGGGUCUUACUGGGUCUUACUUGGACACCCAGUCACCUGGCCAGCUCCAUGGCUCCCACUGCUUUAUGUUCUGAAAUAGAGCAGGUUUUGCACUGUCAGUGGGGGGCUGUCUUAGUAAGACAGAUACACACACACACACACACACACUUACACACACUGAAAGGAAUAAAGCGUCUUCUCUAUUUUAGUUUCUUCGCAGAUUUAGCAACCACCUUUGCAAAAGAACAAUGAGUCAGCUCUUUGUAUAGAUUAAAACAACUUCACCAGCUGGACCACUAGGCAGGUAGUGUAAUGUCAUGUCCUCCUGAGGUGCAUUUGAGGACAGACCAGACGUGGGGAAGUUUCCUCAACACUGUCAGCAGCCAAUAGUCAGUUUUGCUGGCAGCCAAUAGUACAGUAUUGAUAAUCGUUAAUGCAAAGACAAACCUUAUCUUCUUCCUUCCUGUGUUUCAGGUGACCUGGCGCCCCACCAUGGCCGGCCCCUGAUCGGGGUCUUCCUGAGGGGGACGAGGGACGAGGACAGCAGUGUCCGUGCUAGCUGCCUGUCCAACCUGGGAGAGCUCUGCCAGAGACUCAACUAUGCCCUGGGGCCUUGGGCUCAGGAGGUGAGGACCACUAGUAAACCAUGUCAUAUGGUUAAACAACAAUAGUCUGUCUGUUUAUUUGCCUAUAGUUUCUAAGUAUGUCAGUAGACUGUUUUGAUCACGUGGAUUGGAACAUGUUCCGUGUCGCCUCUGGGGAUAACGUCAAUGAAUACGCCGACUCAGUCACCGGAUUCAUAAAAAAAUGCAUAGAUGUGAUACUGAUGGUGUCUUUUAAAACUUAUCCGAAUCAAAAUCUGUGGAUUGAUGGCAGCGUUAUCGGGAAACUGAAGGAGAGAGAUGCUGCUUAUAAACACGGCAAGGUGAUUGGGGACAAUUUGUAUGAUUAAACAGCACAAAUACGAGCUACGCAGAUCGAUCAAGGUGGCCAGACACAAGUAUAGGGACAAAGUGGAGGGACGGUUCAGCGGGUCGGACACAAGGAGCAUGUGGCAGGGGCUUCUAACGAUCAUGAAUUACAAAAAGAAAGCCAGUCAGGUCGCAGACACCAACGCCACCCUGCCGGACGAGCUAAACACAUUUUUCUCACGCUUCGAGCAUAACAACUUUGAGCCCCUGAGGACAACGAGGGCUACGUGCUUACUGUCUCCACGUAGGACAUAUGAAAGUCAUUCAAACGUGUUAACCCUCGCAAGGCUAACAGACGGCAUCCCUAGCCGUGCCCUCAGAGCAUGUGCAGACCAGCUAGCUGUUGUGUUUUUAGAACAUUUUCAAUCUCUCUCUAGCUCAGGCCGUUAUCCCCACCUGCUUCAAGAUGUCCACUACCAUCCCUGUGCCUAAGAAAGGGAAAGUAACUGAACUGAAUGACUACCGACCCGCAACACUCACUUCCGUUAUCAUGAAGUGCUUCAAGAGGCUAGUCAAAGACCACAUCACUUCCUCCCUUCCAGACACGCUCAACCCUCUCCAACUAGCCUACCGCCCCAACAGAUCCACAGACGACGCAAUCGCCAUUGCACUGCAUACUGCCCUCACCCACCUGGACAAAAGGAAUGCAUAUGUGAGGAUGCUGUUCAUCGACUACAGCUUGGCCUUCAAUACCAUAGUGCUCUCUAAGCUCACCACAAAGCUCAAGGCCCUGGGAUUGAACUCCUCCCUACACAACUACGUCCUGGACUUCCUGACGGGCCGACCCAGGGGGAUGAAGGUAGGCAACAUUACCUCCUCCACACUGAUCCUCAACACGGGGGCCCCACAAGGGUGCAUCCUCAGUCCCCUCCUGUACUCCCUGUAUACCUACGACUGCAUGGCCUCACACAGUUCCAACUCCAUCAUCAAGUAAGCUGACAACAUGACCAUAGUAGGCCUGAUUACCAACAAUGACGAGACGGCCUACAGAGAGGAGGUAUGCUCUCUGACGGCAUGGUACCAGGUAAACAACCUCUUUCAAAAUGUCAGCAAAACAAAGGAGCUAAUUGUGGACUUCAGGAGGAUUCAGGCUGGGCACGCCCCCAUCCUCAUCAAUGGGGCUGCCGUGGAGAUGGUCAAAAACGUCAAGUUCCUCGCUGUACACAUCUCCGAGAAGCUGAAAUGGUCAAACCACAUGGACACUGUGGUGAAGAAGGCAAGCUAGCGACUUUUCAACCUCAAGAGGCUGAAGAAAUUCGGCCUGUCCCCUAGGGUUCUACAGGAGCACCAUCGAGGGCAUACUGUCGGGCUGCAUCACAGCCUGGUACGGCAACUCCACCGCCGCUGACCGCAAGGCUCUACACAGGGUGGUACGCUUAGCCAAACGCACCUUUGGGUGUGCACUGCUUACCUUCAAGGACACCUACUACACCAGGUGUCACAGGAAGGCCAAGAAGAUCAUCAAGGACCUCAGCCACCUGAGCUAUGGCCUGUUCUCCCCGCUUCCAUCACUGACACGGAAAGUAUAGGAGCAUCAUGGCAAAAACUGACAGACUGGCCAAUAGCUUCUACUGGCAAAUCAUCAGGCUGCUGAAUAGCCACCACUAGGCAGCUAUCUGCUCCCCCUAUCCCCCUCCUGCCCCCCGGUCUUCCUACUCCUACCUCUAUGGACAUUCUACCGCAGGUAUUGCCCAAGUUUAAAGUUCACGGUUCACUUUCUUCAGAGGGAGAGAACUGAACUGUGGCUGUCUUGUCCUACUGCCCCUCUUUCAGCCCGUGCCUCUGCCCAUGACAGAUUUCUCCCAGCUCAGCAGUAUUGUGUGUUGGAGUGUCCUCUCCUAAAGAGCCCCUCCCCCAGUGCUGAGAUCAGGCUUUUCACUGAUGAGGGGGAGGGCCCGGAAUCACUUCACUCAAACUCUUGUCCGCUCCAGUUGACAGAAAUUGUGUGUGUCUGUGUGUGUGUCUGGGCAGCUUGUGGAAGGCCUGUCUGCCUGCUGCAGUGGUCGGGGCCCUAAAUAAAGCUGCUUUGAUGGCCAGGGGUCUGUCAGCGAGGGCUGUGCACUGCAGACUCUGCUUCAUGAAUACGCAUCUCUGUCAGGCUGAGUAACAGGGAUGCUUAUUCAUGAGAGCCAUGGCCCUCUGCUCUCUGCUACAGCCUAAUCCCUCUCAGUCCAUCACAGCCUGCCGUCGGUGUGUUUGUCUAUCCUACCAAUAUGCUAAUCAACCCGGUGCACUAGCGGUAACCACAGCACUCUGAACCUUGGCAAGUUUACUGCUCCUUUAUAGAUCCUCUAUUUCAGCCUCUGAGUGUGUGUAUUUAUCUGUGUAUAUGUUUGUUCUUCCUUAGUUGAGCACCUGUUUGACGGCACUGAUAAAGACAGAGAAGGAGGCAGAGGUGCGGCGAGCUGCUGUUCACGUCAUUGCCCUGCUGCUCAGGGGCCUGAGCGACAAAGCCACCGAGGUACAGUACUAGAGCAGUUGUCUGUGCCCAUACAGGUACAAUAACCACAUGGAUACACACAUUUGUUGAGCACUCCUACACACAUUUGUUGAACAGUCAUAAGAAGUAGAAAAUUGUCAUUGGUAUGGCCUCUUACAAAAUGUAAUCUAAUGUAGUUUACAUAUUAGGGAGUGGAGAUGUGUGUUAGAGGGCUGCGGGUCGCAACAGAGAUCAUUGCGGUGCGGUCGUCAUACUGCGGGCAGAAGCGGGCAGUCAGACAACUUUGGGAUUACUUUUUUUUUUGUCCCACAGAAUAUUUGGAAACGGUCGUCGUUCUGCUUUGUAUGCGUUAGCCUAGGGACAGCCAAGAGUGCACUUUUUUUUUUAUAUGCUAGGUGUAAUCAUAGAAUUAAAUAGGCCUAUAGAAUCCCUAAUCAUUUCAUAUAUGAUCUCUGUGGUCUUAAUAGCCUAGGCCUAGUAAAGAUUUGUCAUAUCACUUUAAACAUGCAUUACCUUUUAAUGUGGCAUAAACACAACCAGUCAUGAUGUUUUCAUCUGAUUGUCAAACAAUCACUUCAAAAAGGCGCUCCUGUAGUCUACCCACGCACGUUCGUCCACUCACUAAAUAAUUCCAUCAUCCAAACCCCAACAGUGCACUGUGCACCCGCAAUUUGAUGAAUGGAAAGAGACAUCCGUUACAAAACACCUAUGUGUAUUGUAAUGACAUUCUGCAGUUGUCAUUAGGCCUACAACAAGUGGAGGGCACUUAACCAUCGUGAGUCGAGGUGCAAUCAAAAAAUUUGAUUAUCAGGACAUGGGCCGUUCUUACAGUAUUCUCCCUGUACACCAAGUCAGAACCGCAGGAUAAUUAAAGGGGGCAUAUAAGCAGACAAAGAAAGCUCUUACAAUAUUCGAUGAUUACAUUUCUCUAAAACAGGCUAUAGGCUACAUGUGCACCACCAAGUCAGAACCAAAUUAUUAGGGUGAGGCACAUGGGCUACUAACAACUUACUACACAACAUACACUUAGUAUUACUUUCUUGGCUACAGUAUACAGUGAGGGAAAAAAGUAUUUGAUCCCCUGCUGAUUUUGUACAUUUGCCCACUGACAAAGAAAUGAUCAGUCUAUAAUUUUAAUGGUAGGUUUAUUUGAACAGUGAGAGACAGAAUAACAACAACAAAAUCCAGAAAAAAGCAUGUCAAAAAUGUUAUAAAUUGAUUUGCAUUUUAAUGAGGGAAAUAAGUAUUUGACCCCUCUGCAAAACAUGACUUAGUACUUAGUGGCAAAACCCUUGUUGGCAAUCACAGAGGUCAAACGUUUCUUGUAGUUGACAACCAGGUUUGCACACAUCUCAGGAGGGAUUUUGUCCCACUCCUCUUUGCAGAUCUUCUCCAAGUCAUUAAGGUUUCGAGGCUGACGAUUGGUAACUCGAACCUUCAGCUCCCUCCACAGAUUUUCUAUGGGAUUAAGGUCUGGAGACUGGCUAGGCCACUCCAGGACCUUAAUGUGCUUCUUCUUGAGCCACUCCUUUGUUGCCUUGGCCGUGUGUUUUGGGUCAUUGUCAUGCUGGAAUACCCAUCCACGACCCAUUUUCAAUGCCCUGGCUGAGGGAAGGUGGUUCUCACCCAAGAUUUGACGGUACAUGGCCCCGUCUAUCGUCCCUUUGAUGUGGUGAAGUUGUCCUGUCCCCUUAGCAGAAAAACACCCCCAAAGCAUAAUGUUUCCACCUCCAUGUUUGACGGUGGGGAUGGUGUUCUUGGGGUCAUAGGCAGCAUUCCUCCUCCUCCAAACACGGCGAGUUGAGUUGAUGCCAAAGAGCUCAAUUUUGGUCUCAUCUGACCACAACACUUUCACCCAGUUCUCCUCUGAAUCAUUCAGAUGUUCAUUGGCAAACUUCAGACGGGCAUGUAUAUGUGCUUUCUUGAGCAGAGGGACCUUGCGAGCGCUGCAGGAUUUCAGUCCUUCACGGCGUAGUGUGUUACCAAUUGUUUUCUUGGUGACUAUGGUCCCAGCUGCCUUGAGAUCAUUGACAAGAUCCUCCUGUGUAGUUCUGGGCUGAUUCCUCACCGUUCUCAUGAUCAUUGCAACUCCACGAGGUGAUUUCUUCCAUUUGCGAAUAAUCGCACCAACUGUUGUCACCUUCUCAACAAGCUGCUUGGCGAUGGUCUUGUAGCCCAUUCCAGCCUUGUGUAGGUCUACAAUCUUGUCCCUGACAUCCUUGGAGAGACCAUUGGAGAGCUCUUUGGUCUUGGCCAUGGUGGAGAGUUUGCAAUCUGAUUGAUUGAUUGCUUCUGUGGACAGGUGUCUUUUAUACAGGUAACAAGCUGAGAUUAGGAGCACUCCCUUUAAGAGUGUGGGAGCCAGACACAUGGGAGCCAGAAAUCUUUCUGAUUGAGAGGGGUCAAAUACUUAUUUCCCUCAUUAAAAUGCAAAUCAAUUUAUAACAUUUUUGACAUUCGUUUUUCUGGAUUUUUUUGUUGUUAUUCUGUCUCUCACUGUUAAAAUAAACCUACCAUUAAAAUUAUAGACUGAUCAUUUCUUUGUCAGUGGGCAAACGUACAAAAUCAGCAGGGGAUCAAAUACUUUUUUCCCUCACUAUAUAUAUAUAUAUAUAUAUAUAUAUAUAUAUAUAUAUAUAUAUAUAUAUAUAUAUAUAUAUUAAUUAUACCUAGUCACUAUAAAGAUAGAGGUGUCCUUCCUUCCUAAUUCAGUUGCCGGAGCGGAAAUAAACUUCUCAGGGAUUUCACCAUGAGGCCAAUGGUGACUUUUAAACAAUGGCUGUGAUAGGAGAAUAACAUUGUAGUUACUCCACAACACUAACCUAAUUGACAGAGUGAAAAUAAGCAUAGAAUAUAUUCCAAAACAUGCAUCCUGUUUGCAACAAGGCACUAAAGUAAUAAUGCAAAAACAACACAUUACUGAGUAUCAUGUUAUGGGUAUGCUUGUAAUCAUUAAGGACUGGGGAGUUUUUCAGGAUAAAAAAGAAAUGGAAUGGAGCGAAGUACAGGCAAAAUCCUAGAGGAAAAUCUUUCCACCAGACACUUGGAGAUGAAUUCACCUUUCAGCAUUACAAUAACCUAAAACACAAGGCCAAAUCUAAACUGGAGUUGCUUAUCAAGAUGAAUCAAGAAUGUUACUGAGUGGCCCAGUUACAGUGCUGUCUUAAAUCUGCUUGAAAAUAUGGCAAGACCUGAAAAUGUUGCACAAUCCAGAUGUGUAAAGCUCUUAGAGACUUACCCAGAAAGACUGACAGCUGUAAUCGCUGCCAACGGUGAUUCUAACAUGUAUUGACUCAGGUUAUUAUUGUUAUUUUAAUUUUAAUUUUUUACAAUUUCUUGAAUUUUUCUUCCACUUGAAAUUAGAGUAUUUUGUGUAGAUCAUUGACAAAAAAAUGCCAAUUAAGUCUAUUUUAAGCCCACUUUGUAACGCAACAAAAUGGGAAAAUACUCGGAAUACUUUCUGAAGGCAAUGUAUGAACGAAAUGGAUGCAAUUAAAUACUUUAAGUCCGGGAAAACUCCAGGGAUGGCAUACCAGUCGAAGUAUACCAAACCUUUUUUGAUAUACUAAGAGGACCGUUAUUAGCAUGUUUUAACCACUCCUAUGUAAAUGGUAGAUUAUCAGACACUCAUGAAGAAGGUCUGAUUUCAUUAUUACUGAAACAGGAUACAAGUGGAAAAUAUAAAAAUCCAGUCCAUUUAAAAAAAUUGGAGGCCCCUUACACUUCAGUGUUGUGAUGCAAAAUGUAUAGCGCAUAGAAUUAAAAAGGUAUUGUCGGAUAUUAUUCAUUCUAAUCAGACAGGUUUUUUACAUGGAAGAUACAUUGGAGAUAAUAUAAGGCAAGUCUUGGAAACAAUAGAACAUUAUGGAAAAUCAGAGAAACCAGGCCUUGGCAGACUUCGAAAAGGCAUUUCAUAAAGUACGACUGGGGUUUAUAUAUAAAUGCCUGGAGCAUUUCAAUUUUGGUGAAUCUCUUAUAAAAUGGGUCAAAAUCAUGUAUAGUAACACUAGGUGUAAAAUAGUAAAUAAUGGCUAUUUCUCAGAAAGUUUUAAACUGUCAAGAGGAGUGAAAUAAGGUUGUCCACUAUCGGCAUAUCUAUUUAUUGUGGCCAUCGAGAUGUUGGCUAUUAAAAUCAGAUCCAACAAUAAUAUCAGGGGAUUAGAAAUCCAGGGCUGAAAAACAAAGGUGUCAUUGUACGCUGAUGAUUCAUGUUUUCUUUUAAAUCCACAACUAGAAUCACUCCACAGCCUCAUAGAGGAUCUAGAUACAUUUUCUAACCUCUCUGGAUUACAACCAAAUUAUGACAAAUGUACUAUAUUACGUAUUGGAUCAAUAAAAAAUACAAUUUUUACAUUGCCAUGUAGUUUACCAAUAAAAUGGUCUGAUGGUGAUGUGGAUAUACUCGGAAUACAUAUCCCAAAGGAAAUAAAUGAUCUCACUUCAAUAAAUUAUAAUAGAAAGUUAGCAAAAAUAGAUAAGAUCUUGCUACCAUGGAAAGGUGGGUGCCUGUCAAUUUGUGGAAAAAUCACCCUGAUUAACUCUUUAGUAUUAUCCCAGUUUACCUAUUUGCUUAUGGUCUUGCCUACGGCUAUCGAACAGUUUUUUAAAAUUAUAUGAGAAAAAAAUAUUCAAUUUUAUUUGGAACGGCAAGCCAGACAAAAUUAAACGGGCCUAUUUAUAUAAUGAAUAUGAAUUCGGAGGACAGAAAUUAUUGAAUAUUAAAGCAUUAGACCUAUCACUAAAAGCUUCAGUCAUACAAAAGUUAUACGCACUGGUUCUCUAGCAAAUUAGUCAUUGUCUCACCCCAUGUUCAAUAAUGGCCUUUUUCCCUUUAUUCAGAUUACAACCACUCACUUUCAGUUAUUUGAAAAGGAAAUCAUCUCCCAGAUAUCACUAUUUCUAAAACAAGCCAUAGAAAGUUGGUUGCAAUUUCUAUUUAAUCCUCCAGAAACGACAGAACAAAUAAUGCAACAAAUAUUGUGGUUAAACUCAAAUAUACUAAUUGACAAAAAACAAACAAUUUUUUUUUACACAAUUUUUUAAAAAGGUAUAAUCUUUGUAAAUGAUAUCAUCGGUAGGACUGGUGGAGUUAUGUCGCACAUGCAGCUAACAAAAACAUAUGAAAAUAUCUGCUCUACCCAAAAUUACAACCAAAUAAUUGCAGCCUUACCGCAAAAAUGGAAGAGGAAAGUGGAAGGAGGAGAAAGUAAGGAACUUGUCUGUCGGCCUUGCGUUAAAGAACAUAAUUGGUUAAGGAAAACUGUGAUAAAUAAAAAAGUAUAUCAGUUUAAUUUAAGGACCAAAGGAUUGACAGCCGUCCCAUAUAGAUUGCAAAAUAGUUGGGAAGAGAUUUUUGACGUACCGAUCCCAUGGCAUAGUGUUUAUGAACUGAUACGCAAAACGACACCGGAUUCAAAACUUAGAAUCUUUCAAUUUAAAUUAUUAUAUAAAAUUCUUGCUACCAAUAGAAUGUUAUUUAUAUGGGGGAUACAAUCUUCCCAGCUCUGCAGAUUUUGCUGCGAAUAGUUAGAAUCAUUAGAUCAUUUGUUUUGGUACUGUCCAUUUGUAGCUUGUUUUUGGACACAGGUCCAGGAAUGUCUAAAGGAUUGCAAUAUUUACCUGGAGCUAACCCUGCAGAUAGCACUACUGGGUGAUCUGAAAAGUCAUAGUCAAUCGAUCAAUAACAUAAUAAUACUAUUAGCAAAAAUGUUUAUUUUCAAUUCACUAUCUGUAGAAACAAUGAGAAUAGAAAGGUUCAGAACUUUUGUAAGACAUCACAGUACAGUUGAAAUAUAUAUGGCAAAUAGAAAUCCUAUAUGGAUGGUGUUAAGAGAUAGAUGGGAGGUGUUGAAUGGAAUUGAAGGAUGGGACUAAUAACAACUAACAAUAACAAGAUAACUAAUAAUGUAGGCACGCUGUGUCCAUAAUAAGUGUAUGGGUUGUAGGUUGGGAGCUUUUGUGAAGGAGCACAGUUAGAAAGAUAUGGCAUAUAGAAGCAAACCGGAUGGACAUCAUGAAAAUGAUCGGAGAGGUUGAGAGUAGAAGUAGUUCAGGAGAAAGAACAAACAAAAUGUAAUUAUUGUAAAAUUGACUGUGUCCAUAAAAUGUAGAUAGUGGGUAUGGGCUGGAAGUAGAGGCCUAGGCGUUGUUGUUCACUUGUUUACUCCAAGUGGGGAAAGGGUGGCGGGGUUGGAAAGUAAUAAAGGGGAAUAUAUAUAUAUAUAUAUAUAUAUAUUUAAAAAAAGGAUAUGUAUGUGUAUGUAUGUAUGUAUAUGUGUGUGUGUGUGUAUAUAUAUAUACAGUGGGGGAAAAAAGUAUUUAGUCAGCCACCAAUUGUGCAAGUUAUCCCACUUAAAAAGAUGAGAGAGGCCUGUAAUUUUCAUCAUAGGUACACGUCAACUAUGACAGACAAAUUUAGAAAAAAAAAUCCAGAAUAUCACAUUGUAGGACUUUUAAUGAAUUUAUUUGCAAAUUAUGGUGGAAAAUAAGUAUUUGGUCACCUACAAACAAGCAAGAUUUCUGGCUCUCACAGACCUGUAACUUCUUCUUUAAGAGGCUCCUCUGUCCUCCACUCUUUACCUGUAUUAAUGGCACCUGUUUGAACUUGUUAUCAGUAUAAAAGACACCUGUCCACAACCUCAAACAGUCACACUCCAAACUCCACUAUGGCCAAGACCAAAGAGCUGUCAAAGGACACCAGAAACAAAAUUGUAGACCUGCACCAGGCUGGGAAGACUGAAUCUGCAAUAGGUAAGCAGCUUGGUUUGAAGAAAUCAACUGUGGGAGCAAUUAUUAGGAAAUGGAAGACAUACAAGACCACUGAUAAUCUCCCUCGAUCUGGGGCUCCACGCAAGAUCUCACACCGUGGGGUCAAAAUGAUCACAAGAACGGUGAGCAAAAAUCCCAGAACCACACGGGGGGACCUAGUGAAUGACCUGCAGAGAGCUGGGACCAAAGUAACAAAGCCUACCAUCAGUAACACACUACGUCGCCAGGGACUCAAAUCCUGCAGUGCCAGACGUGUCCCCCUGCUUAAGCCAGUACAUGUCCAGGCCCGUCUGAAGUUUGCUAGAGUGCAUUUGGAUGAUCCAGAAGAGGAUUGGGAGAAUGUCAUAUGGUCAGAUGAAACCAAAAUAUAACUUUUUGGUAAAAACUCAACUCGUCGUGUUUGGAGGACAAAGAAUGCUGAGUUGCAUCCAAAGAACACCAUACCUACUGUGAAGCAUGGAGGUGGAAACAUCAUGCUUUGGGGCUGUUUUUCUGCAAAGGGACCAGGACGACUGAUCCGUGUAAAGGAAAGAAUGAAUGGGGCCAUGUAUCAUGAAAUUUUGAGUGAAAACCUCCUUCCAUCAGCAAGGGCAUUGAAGAUGAAACGUGGCUGGGUCUUUCAGCAUGACAAUGAUCCCAAACACACCGCCCGGGCAACGAAGGAGUGGCUUCGUAAGAAGCAUUUCAAGGUCCUGGAGUGGCCUAGCCAGUCUCCAGAUCUCAACCCCAUAGAAAAUCUUUGGAGGGAGUUGAAAGUCUGUGUUGCCCAGCGACAGCCCCAAAACAUCACUGCUCUAUAGGAGAUCUGCAUGGAGGAAUGGGCCAAAAUACCAGCAACAGUGUGUGAAAACCUUGUGAAGACUUACAGAAAACGUUUGACCUGUGUCAUUGCCAACAAAGGGUAUAUAACAAAGUAUUGAGAAACUUUUGUUACUGACCAAAUACUUAUUUUCCACCAUAAUUUGCAAAUAAAUUCAUGAAAAAUCCUACAAUGUGAUUUUCUGGAUUUUUUUUUCUCAUUUUGUCUGUCAUAGUUGACGUGUACCUAUGAUGAAAAUUACAGGCCUCUCAUCUUUUUAAGUGAGAGAACUUGCACAAUUGGUGGCUGACUAAAUACUUUAUUUCCCCACUGUGUAUAUGUGUAUAUAUAUAUAUAUAUAUAUAUAUAUAUAUAACAUGGGGGAUUGGAAGUGAUGCAGACAAUUACAUUGUUGGAAGUUACUAUCUAUCUGCUGAAGCACAGUUCCCGCUCAGCCCAGUCAAAACUGUUUGCUGCUCUGGCACCCCAAUGGUGGAACAAGCUCCCUCACGACGCCAGGACAGCGGAGUCACUCACCACCUUCUGGAGACACUUGAAACCCCACCUCUUUAAGGAAUACCCUGGGAUAGGAUAAAGUAAUCCCACCCCUUACCCCACCCCCCCAACAACAAAAAAAUAAAACAAUUUUUUUUUAUUGUAAAGUGGUUAUCCCACUGGCUAUAAGGUGAAUGCACCAAUUUGUAAGUCGCUCUGGAUAAGAGCGUCUGCUAAAUGACGUAAAUGUAAAUAUUAAGCUGAUCUACCCUCCAGAAAAAAAAAGAAAAGGAAAAACCUACGAACGAAACUCACAUGCUUUUGAAAAUAGGAUUGCUGAUAUUUUCUAUCAUGAUGAAGGUAAGACCCUACGCUUGUUCCCUAACAAAGCGGAGUGAGGUUAGGAAAGAGCAUGGGCUUGGGCUCCGUCUCAAAUAUCCCUUUUUUAAUAUGUAUGUAUGUACAGUUGAAGUCGGAAGUUAGGAUGGAGUCAUUAAAACUUGUUUUUCAACCACUCCACACAUUUCUUGUUAACAAACUAUAGUUUUGGCAAGUCGGUUAGGACAUGUAGUUUGUGCAUGACACAACUAAUCUUUCCAACAAUUGUUUACAGACAGAUUAUUUCACUUAUAAUUAAUUGUAUCACAAUUCCAGUGGGUCAGAAGUUUACAUACACUAAGUUGACUGUGCCUUUUAAACAGCUUGGAAAAUUCCAGAAAAUGAUGUCAUGGCUUUAGAAGUUUCUGAUAGGCUAAUUGACAUAAUUUGAGUCAAUUGGAGGUGUACCUGUGGAUGUAUUUCAAGGCCUACCUUCAAACUCAGUGCCUCUUUGCUUGACAUCAUGGGAAAAUCAAAAGAAAUCAGCAAAGACCUCAGAAAGAAAAUUGUAGACCUCCACAAACACCAUGGGACCACGCAGCCAUCAUACUGCUCAGGAAGGAGACGCGUUCUGUCUCCUAGAGAUGAACGUACUUUGGUGUGAAAAGUGCAAAUCAAUCCCAGAACAACAGCAAAGGACCUUGUGAAGAUGCUGGAGGAAACAGGUACAAAAGUAUCUAUGCCCACAGUAAAACGAGUCCUAUAUUGACAUAACCUGAAAGGCUGCUCAGCAAGGAAGAAGCCACUACUCCAAAACCGCCACAAAAAAGCCAGACUACAAUUUGCAAAUGCACAUGGGGACAAAGAUCGUACUUUUUGGAGAAAUGUCCUCUGGUCUGAUGAAACAAAAAUAGAACUGUUUGGCCAUAAUGACCAUUGUUAUGUUUGGAGGAAAAAGGGGAUUGCUUGCAAGCCGAAAAACACCAUCCCAACCGUGAAGCACGGGGGUGGCAGCAUCAUGCUGUGGGGAUGCUUUGCUGCAGGAGGGACUGGUGCACUUCACAAAAUAGAUGGCAUCAUGAGGAAGGAAAAUUAUGUGGAUAUAUUGAAGCAACAUCUCAAGUCAUCAGUCAGGAAGUUAAAGCUUGGUCGCAAAUGGGUCUUCCAAAUGGACAAUGACCCCAAGCAUACUUCCAAAGUUGUGGCAAAAUGGUUUAAGGACAACAAAGUCAAGGUAUUGGAGUGCCUAUCACAAAGCCCUGACCUCAAUCCUAUAAAAAAUGUGUGGGCAGAACUGAAAAAGCGUGUGCGAGCAAGGAUGCCUACAAACCUGACUCAGUUACACCAGCUCUGUCAGGAGGAAUGGGCCAAAAUUUACCUAACUUAUUGUGGAAAGCUUGUGGAAGGCUACCUGAAACGUUUGACCCAAGUUAAACAAUUUAAAGGCAAUGCUACCAAAUACUAAUUGAGUGUAUAUAAACUUCUGACCCACUGGAAUGUGAUGAAAGAAAUAAAAGCUGAAAUAAAUAAUUCUCUCUACUAUUAUUCUGACAUUUCACAUUCUUAAAAUAAAGUGGUGAUCCUAAAUGACCUACAACAGGAAAUUUUUACUAGGAUUAAAUGUCAGGAAUUGUGAAAAACUGAGUUUAAAUGUAUUUGGCUAAGGUGUAUGUAAACUUCCGACUUCAACUGUGUGUGUGUGUAAGUAAUGACAGUGGUUCCACACGUUCCCGUGACACAAGUUGUUGGAAAAUUAUUUGUUGUAAUUUAUUCUGUUAUAUUCCAUUAUAUUCUUACUAUAAAAUAUGUGUGUUGACUGUGAUGGGGCGGCAGGUAGCUUAGUGGGUAAGAGCGUUGUGCCAGUAACCGAAAGGUCACUGGUUCUAAUCCCCGAGCCGACUAGGUGAAAAAUCUGUCGGUGCCCUUAAGCAAGGCACUUAACCCUAAUUGCUCCUGUAAGUCGCUCUGGAUAAGAGCGUCUGCUAAAUUACUAAAAUGUAAAUGUAAAAAUUAUAUUCUUACUAUAAAAUAUGUGUGUUGACUGUGAUCGGGUAGGUGUGUCUUAUCUGUUUAAUGAACAAAAUAACUAUUGAUUUCAUUUGGAUGGCGCAACCAUAGUUGCACAGACCCGUAACAUAGGCCUAAUUAAACUGAAAAUAUUCUUUUGAAAAUACAUUUUACUAGUCUUUUAAUGUUUCUUAGGAGCUGCCUUAAUGAAUUAAUAAUGGAUUUAUUUUUGAUGGUGUAUAUUCUCAAUGGAUUUAUUUAAAUGGACACCCUCCCACAUAUGCACACCACUACUACCACUCAUCCCCGGCAUGCACACGGGAGGUAUAAAAUGUCUAUGCAGACAAGAAUGAGCUAAAAGUAGGCCUGUUUGUAAGGGGGUCAUAUAAACAUUGCCCUAUUUAUUUUUUUACAGGCUAAAUACUGUAAAUCCUAUGUGAAAGCAGUUAAAGAAAACAGUGGAUCUGUCAUUUCCUCCUCCCUUAUUUGGAACACCAGUCUGAAAGCCACCUUAUAAUUUAUCACUGAAUACCUUUCUGUAGACAUCAUGGUUCUCUCACUCACACAGCCUUCAGUACACACACCACAGUUUACAGCAAGUACCAGUGUUCGACAGUACAGCUCCCUGAAUUCAAUUGUUAUUAUGUCAUGCACGGUUAUAAAUAUGGAGUUACUGCCCAGACAGGAUAUUUUUAGUUUUACCUCAGAAGUAUUUUGGUGUGUGCUGCACUCUGUGACCCUAGAGCACGUGAAUCGGGUGUAGUAGGUUUGCUGCAACACUAACUGAUUUCAUUGCACUGUGGCCAUCCUGUUUCUACACUCAGGAGGUAUCUGUGUUUGAUGUGGGAGGUAGGUAUGUUACCUUGGUGCCAGCCUGUGCCACUCACAUUGGUGAUUUCCGAUAUGGGUUUUUUGGGCUGAUUCCGAUUUUUGGUGGGACAAAACUUACAGAUACCGAUAUAUCUGCCGAUAUACUGUUUUACAGCGGGAAAAUGAAAAAGUGACAUUUUUCCAAUACAUCUCAAAAUUGCCAUCCAUAAGAGCAAUUGUCAAAGAAAUAUGCUUCAAAUGUUGAUUUCUUAUAUUGUGACAAUAUUGACACACUAUGAGAAUGGCCGCAAGUGUUCAGAUAGGAUGGAAAAAAGGGAAUCUCAUCCUUAUCUAUUGAAUAUCAGUUAUUGGUGGAAAUAUCAUCCGAGAUCGUUAAAAAGCCAAUAUUGUUUGAUAAUAUCAGCGAACCGAUAUAUUGGUCUGGCUCUAAUGGAGAGGCCACGCUAAUACAAAACUGAUAGAUGAUCAUAGCCAGGGAUUUUCCACAAUGUGUGAUGGGACUGGCCACUGUUGAUGAGUUGCCAGGGAAAGUCUUCAAAUUGGGGGUUAAUGCUGUGACACCUUCUGAAUUUUGAGAGCUGUAUCUUAACUUGAUUAAAGGAGUGACUGUACACAAAACGUUGGGAAAAAGACUCUAGGGAAGUUACAGGCAAUACUGGUUCUUUUGAUCUCUCAUUAGUUGGUUCUCUGCUAACCGUGUGUGAAAAUGUGUUUGUGUGUGUACGCUUAGUUUCAUUGUAUCAGUAGACCCAAAAUGCCAAAAGUUCAGAGAUGUCAAAUAGACAACAUCCCUGUGUAGCCAGGGCCUCAGAAUGUGUACACCAAAUAUGGGCAUUCCUGAAAACAAUAUAGGCUAGUAGAGGAACCCUUUCUGUGGAGGAAGGAAACAAUGUCCAGAUUAUCACCUCUGGUGCUCUACUCUGGCCGGCAUACUGACAAUACUAGUAGUAGUGUGAAAACAUUAGGUGUGACUGCUGGCAGAUUCUCACCAAGAACAGGAAGGAGACUUAGUAAAAGCAUCCUGUUUUGGACUGUUUGGGCAUUGUAACAACCAUGUUAUCUGGGGAAAGUCCAUGCUCAUCUUGGAUGACAUACUCUCUGUCCAAACAGAGAGUCAAAAGCUGAAUACAAAGAACAGCUAACUCCUGUGACUGUCUAAGAACAGGACUGGACACAGAUCUGUUGCUAAGGGUCAGUACAGUCUGGACAAAGAACCUGUUAACUUUACCCUUCUUGAUUUAGAGGGUUAUUCACUCUCCAUUCUAUCUACUUGUCUGACCUUUGCAUUACUGGCCAUUUGAUUCCUUCGAAUAGGCCAAUAUCUAGUCCAGCGCAGCAUACCUCCAAAUCACGUUGGCUGCUCCUUUGGAGGUCUGGAGAAUUUUGUAUUAGCCGAAACGGCUGGAAUGGUCCACUGGCUUCCAGCGGCUGCAUUUUGAUUGAAUAUUAAUUUUCAAGAACCCUUCCCCCACUGAUUUACACAGGGUUUCCACCCCAUUGUAGCUACUUUCUGCCAUUGACUUCACCAGGCUUUCCGAUUUAGGGAUGCCUGGUUCUCGACGAGGCUAGCCAAUAUCUAGUCAGCUGUCUUUUGGUUGUAGGACAUUUCAAAUCUGUAACUGGUCUUCACAACACACUUUUCCCUUCGUUAAGUUUCUCAGGCCUUUCUCAAUGUCCUGUCAUUCGGAUAAUUGCUGUAGCUGUGUGUGCAGCUGUUGUGGUGGUAAUAACACAGGGUCCAUGUGAAAAUAUCAGGUAGGUAGACCAGACAUGACCUCAAACCUGAUGACUCAAACCUGGUGUUAGAGGAGAAACAGCUGAUGGCUGAAGACCUAUGUCUGCCCUCUGCUCCCAGGAACACUGAUCACCUACCUACACCACACUCAUUAUAAUAAUAAUAAUAAUAAUAAUAUGCCAUUUAGCAGACGCUUUUUAUCCAAAGCGACUUACAGUCAUGCGUGCAUACAUUUUUGUGUAUAUGGGUGGUCCCGGGGAUCGAACCCACUACCUUGGCGUUACAAGCGCCGUGCUCUACCAGCUGAGCUACAGAGGACCACUGAUCACUCCUAUUCAGUUCUGCAUACAUCCCUCUAAUCUCUCCCUCUCCCACUUUGUCUCUCCCUUUGUCGCUCUCUUUUUCUCUCUCGCCUUUACUCGUCUCUCUCCUAACUCUCGCAGGUCCUGAGUGAUGUUCUGCUGGACCUGUACCGGGCCUUGAAGUGGGUGGUGCGCUCAGACACUGAUGAUGUCACAGUGCUCCAUGCUCAGCUGGCUCUGGAGGAACUCAACGAUGUCAUGAGGAGGUUCAUCUUCCCUGCACAGAAGCUGGAGAAGAAGAUCGUGGUCUUGCCAUGA